AUGUCGUCGUCGUCGGGGUCGGGGAGGAGCGCGACGGAGGCGAGGGCCCUGAAGAUCCACAGCGAGGCCGAGCGGCGGCGCCGGGAGAGGAUCAAUGCUCAUCUGGCUACGCUCAGGAGGAUGAUUCCUGAUACCAGGCAGAUGGACAAGGCCACCUUGCUUGCCAGAGUGAUAGAGCAAGUGAAGCUCCUGAAGAGGAAAGCAAGCGAGGCCACCACCCAGAGCACGCCCCUGCCCCCGGAGACCGACGAGGUCUCCAUCGAGCUCCACACCGGCGACGCCAACGCCGGCGCCGACAGGGUCAUCUACAUAAGGGCCUCGAUCAGUUGCGACGACCGGCCGGACCUCGUCGCCCGGCUCGCCCAGGCGUUCCAUGGCCUGAGGCUGAGGACGGUGAGGGCCGACAUGACCUCGUUAGGAGGAAGGGCGCGGCACGUGUUCAUACUGUGCAAGGAUGAGGGCCGGGGCGCCGCAGGUGUAGGUGCAAGUGCAAGCCUCAGGUCUCUGAAGGAGGCUGUCAGGCAGGCGUUAGCCAGGGUUGCUUCCCCAGAAACGGCAUACGGGAGUAGUCCCUUUCAGAGCAAGAGGCAGAGGAUUCUUGAUUCACAUUACUCGAUUAUGUCCAUAUAG